CCUACGAGUACGACAUCUCUAGGCCCCAAAUGCCUCUAGUCACAAGUCCAAGCUGCAUCAUGAAGAUCGAUAUAUUGACGGCCCCAGUCAAGCCUCGCCAUGUGUUUCGUCAUGCGCCUCGGCGGAUAUCAUGAUGCCUGCUGGUGAUGCGUGUAUUCGCAUGAGGACCACCACCACCUCGUCCACCAUCCUCCUCCUCUCCGUAUGAUCUCGUCCCGACAACAAUCGCAUACUUGAGGCUUUCUCUCUCAUGCAUUCACUUGCCAGCGCUUCCAUCCACCUUUGUGCAUGACGUCUCCUCACUGUCUUGCGUAGAGAAAUUUAUUCCGGCUGCACAUCUGUACCAAAGCCGUACGUCUGUCACCACCACUCUUCUCGAAUCUCACAUGCCCCUCUUCACCUGCACGCGAACCAGGCACCAUGUCGACCGUCACAGAGAACCCGACCUCUCCCAACGCCAUACCGGUCCGUUAUAGCUCGGCCGGUGUCCGCGACGGAGUCCAGCAUCAACCCUCCAAGUCCGUCCUCAAACCUCUCGCGGAAGACACCUGGAUAUCUAACAAACACAACUCCAUGCCCCCACUGAGCCCUCCUUUACCUCUUAUCGACCAGGCCAACAAGAUGAGAUACACGAAGAGAAAGUCCACCUCGGAGACCAUCGCCCCGAGGCGGCUGAGUGAAUGGACGCCACAGAAAGAGAAGAUCAUAAUGGGUCCCUACGACUAUCUCUUUGCGCACCCGGGCAAGGACAUACGCUCCGCCUUGAUCAAGGCCUUCAACGCGUUUCUCAGCGUCCCGCCACGGUCGCUCGAGAUCAUAACGAAGGUCGUGGGCAUGCUGCACACCUCGUCGCUGCUCAUCGACGACGUCCAGGACGGCAGUCAACUCCGGAGGGGCAUCCCGGUCGCGCACAACAUCUUUGGCGUCGCGCAGACUAUCAACAGCGCAAACUACGUCUACUUCCUGGCGCUGCAGGAACUCCAAAAGCUCGACAACAAGGACGAGGCCAUGGAGAUCUUCACCACGGAACUCCUGAACCUGCACCGCGGCCAAGGGAUGGAUCUCUACUGGCGAGACACCCUCACCUGCCCGACGGAGGACGACUACCUCGAGAUGGUGCAGAACAAGACGGGUGGCCUGUUUCGCCUUGCCGUCCAACUGAUGCAGGCCGAGUCUCCCGAGAGGGGUCGCAUAGAUUGCGUGCCGCUGGUCAACCUGAUGGGUUUGGUGUUUCAAGUGUGCGACGACUAUCUCAACCUCUCGUCGGGCACGUACACCAAGAACAAAGGUCUCUGUGAGGACCUGACGGAGGGCAAGUUCUCGUUCCCCGUCAUCCAUUCGAUACGGAGUAACCCGGCCAACUUGCAGCUGAUCAACAUCCUCAAACAAAAGACGACCGACGAGGGCGUCAAGAUGUACGCCGUGAGCUACAUGGAGAGCACUGGCAGUUUCGAGUACACGCGGAAAGUGGUCAAGGAGCUGAAGACCAAAGCCGCCGAAUUGAUUACCGAAUUGGAUGCCGGCUCGGGCAAGGGUGCCGAAGUGAAGGCCAUCUUGGAUAGGAUCGAUGUGGAUAUAUGAAUGAGGCGACCACUCCCCCGUCAUAAUUCAUGUGCCUCAAUCAUGGGACGUGUGAAGAGCCGUAUUGGACGCCCAAAAGGUCUUCAACAGAUCACUACAACAUUCCAUUCAUCUUCACAUGUCCAUCAGUGGCGAACUGGAGGUCGAGAUUUUCCUUCUUUAGCGUAGAAUGUCCCAGCACAGCGCAGUAAGAGAAACAGAGGCAGAGGGAGUAAGAUCACUUAGAAAUUCUGGCUCGAAGAAUAAUGAUACCAAUGUCCUUGAUGUUUGCC